AUGCCGGUCACGGAGAGGGGUGUUUGGACCCGCUCUCCGGCCGCGCAUCGAAGGAGAUGGAUCAUGAAUCAUGAGGUCAUGAACCUGUUUAAUCAACAGGCUCCCGCACAGACCUUCGACAAUAUCCGGAUUUCGCUUGCGAGCCCGGAAAAGAUCUUGUCCUGGUCUUUCGGCGAAAUCAAAAAGCCGGAGACCAUCAACUACCGUACGUUCAAGCCUGAACGCGACGGCCUGUUCUGCGCACGUAUCUUCGGCCCGAUCAAGGACUAUGAGUGCCUUUGCGGCAAGUACAAGCGCAUGAAAUACAAAGGCGUUAUCUGCGAGAAGUGUGGCGUUGAAGUCACCUUGUCCAGAGUUCGCCGCGAGCGUAUGGGCCACAUUGAACUGGCCGCUCCGGUUGCGCAUAUCUGGUUCCUGAAGUCCUUGCCGAGCCGCAUCGGUCUGUUGCUUGACAUGACACUGAAGGAUCUGGAACGCGUUCUUUAUUUCGAGAACUAUGUGGUUCUCGAGCCGGGUCUGACCCCGCUCAAGCAGCAUCAGCUUCUUUCCGAAGAAGACUAUGUCGCCGCUCAGGACGACUACGGUGAAGACGCCUUCACGGCGAUGAUCGGUGCCGAAGCGAUCCGCGAAAUCCUGAUGAGCAUGGAUCUCGAGCGCGAAAGCGAAAAGCUGCGCCAGGAAAUCGCCGAAGCAACCACUGAGCUGAAGCCGAAAAAACUGGCAAAGCGCUUGAAGGUCAUCGAGGCAUUCAUGGAAUCCGGCAAUCGUCCGGAGUGGAUGAUCAUGACGGUUGUCCCGGUCAUUCCGCCGGAUCUGCGUCCGCUGGUGCCGCUCGACGGUGGACGUUUCGCGACGUCCGACCUCAACGAUCUCUACCGUCGCGUGAUCAACCGGAACAACCGUUUGCGCCGCCUGAUGGAAUUGCGCGCUCCGGACAUCAUUAUCCGGAACGAGAAGCGUAUGCUUCAGGAAUCUGUGGACGCGCUGUUCGACAACGGUCGCCGCGGCCGCGUCAUCACCGGUGCCAACAAGCGUCCGUUGAAGUCGUUGUCCGACAUGCUGAAAGGCAAGCAAGGCCGUUUCCGGCAGAACCUUCUCGGCAAACGCGUCGACUAUUCCGGCCGUUCGGUGAUCACGGUUGGCCCGGAGCUGAAGCUUCAUCAGUGCGGGUUGCCGAAGAAGAUGGCGCUUGAACUGUUCAAGCCCUUCAUCUAUUCGCGCCUCGACGCCAAGGGUUUCUCUUCGACUGUCAAGCAGGCGAAGAAGCUUGUGGAGAAGGAACGUCCGGAAGUCUGGGAUAUUCUCGACGAGGUGAUCCGCGAGCACCCGGUUCUUUUGAACCGUGCGCCGACGCUUCACCGUCUCGGUAUCCAGGCGUUUGAGCCGACCCUGAUCGAAGGCAAGGCCAUCCAGCUGCAUCCGCUCGUCUGUUCGGCGUUCAAUGCAGACUUUGACGGUGACCAGAUGGCUGUUCACGUGCCGCUUUCGCUGGAAGCCCAGCUUGAAGCGCGUACGCUGAUGAUGUCCACCAACAACAUUCUGCACCCGGCCAACGGUGGUCCGAUCAUUGUUCCGUCGCAGGAUAUUGUUCUCGGUCUUUACUACCUCUCCAUCAUGGCAGAGGGAGAACCGGGCGAAGGCAUGGCCUUCGGUGAUAUCGGUGAAAUCCAUCAUGCGCUGGCCAACAAGGUCAUCACGCUGCACACCAAGAUCAAGGGUCGUUACAAGUCCAUUGAUGCGGACGGCAACCCGACUUCCGAGAUCAUCGAGACGACACCUGGUCGGAUGUUGAUCGCCGAGUUGUUGCCCAAGCACUUCGAAGUCCCGUUCGAAGCUUGCAACAGGCUGAUGACCAAGAAGGAAAUCUCCAAGAUGAUCGACACGGUUUACCGUGCCUGCGGUCAGAAGGAGACGGUUAUUUUCUGCGACCGGAUCAUGGAACUCGGCUUCAAGAAUGCCUGUAAUGCCGGCAUUUCGUUUGGCAUGGACGACAUGGUCAUUCCUGAUACCAAACAGAACCUGGUUGCCGAAACCUCGUCGCUCGCGACCGAAUACGAGCAGCAAUACAAUGACGGUCUGAUCACCCAGGGCGAAAAGUACAACAAGGUUGUCGAUGCCUGGGCGAAAUGCACCGACAAGAUCGCUGAUGAAAUGAUGGCGCGCAUCAAGGCGGUUCAGAUCGACGACGAGACAGGACGUCAAAAGCCGAUGAACUCGGUCUACAUGAUGUCUCACUCCGGUGCGCGUGGUUCGCCACAGCAGAUGAAGCAGCUCGCCGGCAUGCGCGGCCUGAUGGCCAAGCCGGACGGUUCGAUCAUCGAAAACCCGAUUAUCUCGAACUUCAAGGAAGGCCUGUCGGUUCUGGAGUACUUCAACUCCACCCACGGUGCCCGCAAGGGUCUGGCCGACACUGCCUUGAAAACGGCGAACUCGGGUUAUCUCACUCGUCGUCUUGUGGACGUUGCUCAGGACUCAAUUAUCCUGGAGCCGGAUUGUGGCUCUGAACGCGGCAUCACCGUUGCACCGAUCGUCGAUGCCGGUAAUGUCAUUGCCUCUCUCGGCAUGCGCGUUCUCGGCCGUACGACGGCAGAGGACGUCGUCAACCACCUGACCGGCGAAGUGAUCGUGCCCAGGGGUACGCUCAUCGACGAGAAGGAUGUCGAGGCGAUCGAAGGAGCCAAGGUCCAGCAGAUCAAGAUCCGUUCGGUUCUCACUUGUGAAACCGAAACCGGCGUCUGUGCAACCUGUUAUGGUCGUGACCUCGCACGUGGCACGCCGGUCAACCUCGGUGAAGCUGUUGGCGUCAUCGCCGCGCAGUCCAUCGGUGAACCGGGCACCCAGCUGACCAUGCGUACGUUCCAUAUCGGCGGAACGGCGCAGGUCGUCGACAGCUCCUUCAUCGAGUCCAAUGUUGACGGAACGGUCAAGAUCCGGAACCGGUCGGUGCAACGCGACUCCGACGGCAACCUCAUUGCCAUGGUACGCAACAUGUCCAUCGUUGUUAUCGACAGCGACGGAAACGAGCGUGCAGUUCACCGUGUCGCAUACGGUUCCAAGCUGCAUGUCGACGAAGGUGACGCGGUCAAGCGCGGUCAGCGGAUUGCCGAAUGGGAUCCCUACACCCGUCCGAUGCUUGCGGAAGUUGACGGCGUGGUUGACUUCGAAGAUCUGGUUGACGGAGCUUCUGUCCAGGAAACUGCCGAUGAGGCGACCGGUAUCACCAAGCGUAUCGUCAUUGACUGGCGGUCGUCGCAGCGUGGUGCGGAUCUCAAGCCUGCCAUCGUGAUCAAGGACGACAAGGGUACGAUUUCGAAAAACUCGCGCGGAUCCGAUGCUCGCUUGAUACUGUCCGUGGAUGCGAUCCUGUCCGUUCAGCCUGGCUCCACAGUCAAAGCUGGUGACGUCCUGGCGCGUAUUCCCCUGGAGAGUGCCAAGACCAAGGACAUCACCGGUGGUCUGCCGCGAGUUGCGGAACUGUUCGAAGCUCGCCGUCCGAAGGAUCAUGCUAUCAUCGCUGAAAUCGAUGGUACGAUCCGUUUCGGCCGCGACUACAAGAACAAGCGUCGCAUCAUCAUCGAUCCGGCAGAGGAUGGCGCGGAACCCGUCGAAUAUCUCAUCCCGAAGGGCAAGCACUUCCACCUUCAGGAAGGCGAUGCCAUUGAAAAAGGUGAGUACAUUCUCGACGGCAACCCGGCACCGCAUGACAUUCUGGCCGUCAAGGGCGUGGAGGCACUUGCUGCCUAUCUCGUCAAUGAGAUCCAGGAAGUCUAUCGUCUGCAGGGUGUGACCAUCAACGACAAGCACAUCGAAGUGAUUGUCCGCCAGAUGCUGCAGAAAGUCGAAAUCACCGAUCCGGGCGAUACCGAGUUCUUUUCGGGCGAACAGAUCGACAAGAUCGACUUCGAGGAAGCGAACGAGAAGGCCAUCGACAAUGCCCGGGAUCCCGCGAAAGGUGUUCCCGUUCUGCUGGGUAUUACCAAGGCAUCUCUGCAGACCCGGUCGUUCUUCUCUGCCGCGUCGUUCCAGGAAACGACCCGUGUCCUUACCGAUGCAGCGGUCAACGGUAAGACCGAUCCGCUUGUCGGCCUGAAGGAAAACGUCAUUGUCGGCCGUUUGAUUCCGGCCGGUACCGGCGGGGUCAUGAAACGUAUCCGCAAGAUUGCCUCGCAUCGCGAUGACCUGAUCCAGGAAGCGCAGCGCCAGCAAUCUUCAGAAAGCGCGGCUGAAGGCCUGCUGGAAGAUAUGACGGGUGCAGCCGAGUAA